UCCAAAUCAGCAUCAUAGAAAACCAGAUUACAAGUUUGAUAUUGCAUAAGAAACUAUAGCUCCAGCUUUCUUGCUUUUUAGGUCCAUAUAGAGUACAGGGUAUGGCUUCUGCUUUCUUGUUUUCGUGUUGUUUAGUGAUCUUUAGCCUACAUCAAGUACUAGGUAACUCCAAAUUCAACUGCGCCGAUGAAUUUGAGUGUGGAGGCCUUGGAGCUAUGAAGUUUCCUUUCACAAAUUCCAGCAACCCUGAGUGUGGAUUAUGCAGGUUUGAUUGUCAUACUAAACCAUAUCCUAAGAUUGUACUUGGUGGACAAAAAUAUGAUGCUUUAGUGAAGAAGGGUGAUUUUUUCCUUAUUUCAGAUCCUAAACUUCAAGAGUACUUAGAUAGCAGAAGUUGCAAGUCUUUUUACAGAAACUUCUCAUUUCCAAACUCCCCUUUGAUCUCUUUCCAAAUUGUUCCUAACUUAACCUUGUACGGAUGCAAACAUAGUCAUGACAACACCAUCCAGAAGACAAAUGAUUCCUUUUUCAAAGAUUUUGAUAGAUAUACUGAGUGUGAAGGUUUUAAUGUUUACUAUCACCAUCCCAAUAAAACAAUAUUGGGAAAUACUAGUGCUAAGAUAAGUGGCAAACUUCCAGAGUACUGUUCACUUGUACAACUGCCAAUUCCAUUGCCUACACCAUCAAAACCAUAUACAGGUGACUUGUUUGAACUGUUGACUUCUAAUUCUCUUCUAAACUGGGAGUUGUCCAAAGAUUGUCAUCUGUGUCUUGUCAAAGGAGGGAAAUGCCAGAUGAUCGAUGAACACGAGUUUCAUUGUUCUAUGAAAGGUAUAUAUAGUAUUGUUAAGAAAUAACUCUUGUUCUGCUUGUUUUCUAUUGAGUGUCUUGCCAAAGGAGGGAAAUGCUUGGUUGGUGGUGAACAUGAAUAUAGUUGUUUCAAAGGAAUGAGCAACUGAAACUUAAUAUCGUA